AUGGAGCUGCCGCCGGGCGCCUACAACGACACGGCCGGGGGGCUGGAGCUGCCGCGCACGCUGGCCAACGGCUCCGCGGCACUCUCGGAGCGGCAGCAGUACGCCAUCGGGCUCUUCCUGUCCUGCCUGUACACCAUCUUCCUCUUCCCCAUCGGCUUCGUGGGCAACCUGCUCAUCCUGGUGGUGAACAUCCGCUUCCGGGAGAAGAUGACCAUCCCCGACCUGUACUUCAUCAACCUGGCGGCCGCGGACCUCAUCCUGGUGGCGGACUCGCUCAUCGAAGUGUUCAACCUGGACGAGCAGUACUACGACAUCGCUGCGCUAUGCACCUUCAUGUCGCUCUUCCUGCAGGUCAACAUGUACAGCAGCGUCUUCUUCCUCACCUGAAUGAGCUUCGACCGCUACCUGGCCCUGGCCAAGGCUGUGCGCUGCGGCCCGUUCCGCACGAAGCCCUGUGCGCGGCUGAGCUGCGGCCUCAUCUGGAUGGCCUCCGUGUCCGCCACGCCGGCGCCCUUCACGGCCGCCCACCUGCAGCGCAGCGAGGACGCGUGCUUCUGCUUCGCCGACGUCCGGGAGGUGCAGUGGCUGGAGGUCACGCUGGGCUUCGUGCUGCCCUUCGCCGUCAUCGGCCUCUGCUACGCGCUCAUCGUGCGCGUGCUGGUGAGCGCGCACCGGCACCGCGGCCUGCGCCCGCGGAGGCAGAAGGCACUGCGCAUGAUCCUGGCCGUGGUGCUGGUCUUCUUCGUGUGCUGGCUGCCCGAGAACGUCUUCAUCAGCGUGCACCUGUUGCAGCGCGCGCCGCCGGGGGCUGCGCCCUGCCAGCGCUCCCCCCGCCACGCCCACCCGCUGGCCGGCCACGUGGUCAACCUGGCCGCCUUCUCCAACAGCUGCCUCAACCCGCUCAUCUACAGCUUCCUCGGGGAGACCUUCCGCGACAAGCUGCGGCUCUACCUGGAGCAGAAAACCGGCCUGUCAGCCCUGAACCGCCUCUGCCACGCGGCCCUGAAGGCCGUGGUCCCGGACAGCGCGGAGCAGGCCGAGGUGAAGCUCAGCAGCACCGUGUAG